UUGCUCUCUCAAAGAAAGAAGCUAGUCAUGCUGUUAAAAGCAUGAUGCCAACUUGUUUGCAACCACUUUUAUCUCUGUCUGUGGAGCACUGUGGCGGGGAUUCAGUGACAGUUUAGUCUCCAGCAAAACACAAGACAAGGAUGCGGGGAGCGCCACGAGCAAGGUUCUAAAACGAGAAACAGUUUCUGGUGAGCAGCAGACUGGCAGACAGCACGAAAGGAGGGGAACAGUCGAUGUUUACGACAAUCAGUGUUUGUGACAAAUUCUUGUCUGCACGGCAAGACCUCGCCUCCUGUCACUUGUAAUGGCGCCUGCAUGGCUUCUCGUCGCUCUCACCUGGGGUACCCUGGCAGCCUUUUUCAAAGGAAAGAGCGUUGAUGCCGCUGAGACAGUAGAAACACACAUAAGUAAAGUUGUGAGGUGCAAGGGAAGUAACUUGACACUUAAUGAACCAGAUCCACGAGUUACCGUUCGUUACGUGUUUCGUGAAGGAGAAACUCUCGCCAGUGCGUCUGUACCCGCCACGGGAAAGCUUGAGGGCCGUCUGAUAGUGGACAGCGAUGGACGAGUGACUCUGAUCGACCUGAAGUCACAUGACCUCGGGACGUACGGUGUGGAGGUGCAACUGGCUGAAGACAAGCGAAUACACAGCAUCGGACUGGUCGUCAGGGAUUCGCCUGUAACCGCUGGCGAGCAGUUACUUGUGAUGAGCGUGUCACAUGACAGUUCUAUUCGCCUGACCUGCGGCAAUUUCACCUCCUUAGGAUUUCCGCCCGUUUCAGUCAUGUGGAAGGAUCCCGCAGGUCGAACACUAAGCAGUGACGGGUUUAAGGAUGAGUACUUUUACCUGGAUGUACCUGCCGACACGGCGGACUCUGGUGACUACUGCUGUCAGCUGGACUGCCGAGCCCCCGACUUCUGUUGUCUUGACGACCAGUCGCCGCUACGGUCGUGCGCAAAAGUGCACGUGCAGACAAACAAGAAGGUCGAGGUCGUGACAAAGGAGAGUGUGUCCCUAGAAGCCUUUUCACAAUUACAGCAGCAAGUCUUGGACUUGGCCAGGAGCCUGCAGGAGUCACAUGACGGGGGAUGCCGCCAGAAUGCUGUGACCGCGAUAGCUCAUAUGACUGAACUUCAAGCCAAAACAGACGAUUACCUGAACACAGUGAAAAGCUUUGAAAAGAAGCUAGAGAGAAGCCUGGAGAAUGUGAAGAACAUCAGCGCAGAGGAUCGAUUUCAGCUGCAGAGAGAGACCAAUCAGAUUCUGGAGAACGUUCAACUUCAGUUGGAUUACAAUAUUUCUAAAGCUAUGGAAACCUGCAAUGACUUUCAGCAACAGCUAAGAGUUGCACAUAUGAAGCUCGAGUUAAACCAGACCUCCCUUUCUACAAGUGUAGAAGCCCUGGAACAGAGGUUAGACAACGACUUGCUAGAAGUACGUAAAAGUAGUGUUAAGAUACAAAAUAAUCUCGAGACAAACAUGAAGUCCAUGCAGCGUCUAGACAAGCGACUGGAGGACUUCUCCAAGGCCGCUGAUGAAAGAUUUGUACAACUGGAAGCUGAGAGGGAAAACAGAACGGCAAAUCUCCAACAAGCAAUAAAUAACGACGUAUCAAAGUUAGAAGAAAAACUGUCAGCACUCGAGAGAAGACUGUCAACUUCGGAGGACACUAUCAACAGUCAUAUGACCAGCUCAAGCCAGUCACUUACAAGCUUAGUUUGGGUGUUGGCGGCACUCGUUAACAAGACAGAUGAAGUGACUGAGUCACUAAAGCAUCAACUAACAACAUUGAACAAUCAACUGACAGCAAUGGAAAAUCAGCUGACAGCAAAACGAUGUGAGUCUGGCCGCAUAAACUUCUGGCCACAUGAUCAGCCCAGUGUGCGUCAGCCGAAUGGGGAAGUGAGCAGAACUCACAGAGUUCACGUCGACUUUACCCUCCCCUUCACAACCAAGCCGACGGUUGCUGUUGGUAUCACUCGUCUCGACGUAAGCAACAAGUUUAAUGUGAGGAUCGAUGUAGGUGUUGAUACCAUCUCCACUUCCGGUUUCGACAUGCAUGCCUACCAGUGGAGUGAUACACACACCUACAGCGCGGCUGCCGUCUGGAUGGCUUGUAACGUCUGAAGAAGAAGCUGGACAACGAGCAGCGCCUCUUGUUAGCGCAUGCCUUCGAUUCUCAGACGGAUCUCAGAUAUCCAUGACCGUUUGUGAUUACUUCCUGUUUACUACCGACAACUAAAUCUUCAGAUAUUUUCUAGUUUGAAAGUUGUCUAUCUACCAGGUAUCGUUCGUGUCAGCUACACAUGGAUGAUAGAUUAGUGCACAGAAUAACACUGUCUUAGCGGCGUGUUUCAUUUGGCAGACUGAGAAACGGAUAUAUAUAUAUAUAUAUACACACAAUAUACAAUAUAUAAAAUAUACAAUAUAUAAAAUUCAAUUAUUUAACCUUUUCUAUGUCAAUAUGUUCACUGACAUGUGCGCGCGCACGCACACAUACACACACACGUACGCACAAACCCAAAUGCAUAUAUAAAAUUGUGCAUACAAAUAGUGGCGGGCGGCUUCAUAACAUUACAUAAUUCAGCAAUCAGACAGAAUAAAACUGUUUCGGCAGCUCUUUUGUAAGAGUGAGCAAGAGGAGGCUUGUUGUCAAGGUUCAUUUGUUUGAGCAGGCUACGGUUACUGACCUAUGGACUGUGCAGCUGUGAACAAUGAACUUUGCCAUUCAUCAUAUUUGAAUUCCACCAAAAACUUUCCAGGAUACGCAUGUUGUUUCUCUCUCUUUCUCUCUGGAAGUCGUCCAUUGGGAACAGUUCCGGAACUUUCUUUAACUUCAUGUUUUCUUAGUCUGUCUCCAUCUGAAGCCAUUCUCUCUCUUUUCCUCUGAGUCUGUCGUUGAGUCUCUCUGUUCCUUUGUUUCCAUCAAUGGUAUGUUUCUAUGUUUUUUAAAAAUAUAAUUUUCUUUUUGUCAUUCAUUUUUCUCCAUAUGUAUAUCGACAAGCUAAGUCUAAGUUUUUGUGUGUUCGCGAAUGUGACCAUCCAGUGUACAGUUGUGUUGUGUACUCAAUAAAGACAUUCAAGCCAG